ACUCGGGACUGGUAGUCGCGACGCGUGCAUCGCUCUAAAGAGGAUAACGAUAAACCGCGCGUUAUCGCGACCGAUUUCACACGCGUUCAACUUAAUAAUCCUCCAAGGUAGUUCAACGUUCGUGCUAAUUCCUCGAUGGCUAUUAGAGUUCUAUGAUUAUUCGUGAAAGACGAGCUGAAUCAUCGAUAUUCAAAAGUGAACUUCACAGACGAUUUAUAAGACUCGUUGCAAGCGUUCAAAGAAAAUUAUCAGUGUUCCACUUCCAGCAAGAUAGCCAAGAUAAUCGAGACUGUAUAUCAGGUCACCGUCCUCGAUCUUCGUCGUAGCGUUUCGUUCGCGCCUGCCAUCCUGAUACACUCGUCCGGCAACGAGACGUUGUCUGUCCGGUUGAUCGCGUGGUUUCCCGCAUCAUGAAGUCUCACGAGGCCUGGGAACGAAGCAUCGAGUUCAUCGAGCACCAUCUGAUCCCGGAGAUGGUUCAAGAUCGGUGUUUCUGCGUGCCGAAUUCCAGGGAAUUUGUCGAGCUCGAAUCGGCCGUGGUUCGCCUGGACGAAGUGAGUCGAACCAGCGAGAUUUAUCGCGCGACGAUCGUCCUCCUGUUUUCCGGCGAGCCUUGCACUAUAUCUUUGCUGGUGAAGCUGCUCCCCGAGGGAAUGGAGCAGAACACGAUCGCUUUCGACGCGUUUCAAAACGAAGAAAUGUUCUAUUCGAAGAUGACGCUCCAGUACGGCACUGAUUUCGUCCCGAAAUCUUAUCUGUCCGAUCUAGGCAGGUACGGCAGACCGGUGCUCGUCUUCGAGGACCUGGACGCGGCUGGUUACUUGCAGGUGGACGGCCAAUUGGACGACGACCACUUGAAAUUGUGCGCCAAGCUUUUAGGAAAGUUCCAUGCCACAGGCUUGAGAUUGAAGGCCAGUGAACCGAAUAUCUUCAGAGAAUUCCAAGCGAAAUUGCUGGAAAUAGUUCUCAACGAGGAGACGAUCGAGCGUUACGAGAAGAGAUCGUCCAGGAUGACCGAUAUCCUCGAGUCGAUGCCAAACUCACGAUUAACGGGGGAGGUGAAGAGGAGGUUAGACAACAGCCCGGUGGAGACGUUGAAGAACGUGUUGGGAGACGUGAACGACGUGUCUACGAUAUGCCAUGGUCAUUUUUCACACGAUAAUCUGCUGUUCAAAUACGAGAAUGGGAAACCGAUCGACGCGAAGGUGAUCGACUGGCAAACAAUGAGAUAUUGUUCACCGGCUGUCGACCUAGGACCCAUUCUACUGUAUAACGUGUCCCAUGAAAACGGACCUUCGAAGGUGCAAGAAAUUUUAACGUUGUACGUCGACACGGUGAAAUCCGAAUAUCCAGAGGUACCCGGCGAAAAAUUGAGAGAAGACAUCGCGGACAAGUUCAUUUUCGUCUGUUUCGUUCUAUCAUUGCAAGAGCACAUCACUGAUGACGAACUUACGCGGAUCUUGUUGUUGGUCGAAAAAUUGUACGAUUCUGUUUAAACUAGCUGUUAUCGUUAAUUUAUUUACCCUUCUACAAGAUAUUUAUCUAAUAGACUGCAUACCGUUUCGUCGAUUCUAUUUUUAUGGUUGUGAAUAAUAAAAAUCUGUACGUGGUUUUUUUUUUUUAUAACAGAAACUGACGAUUAUGAAUGAGUUGAUUUAUCAAGAAAACAUUGAUUCAAUGACACUCGUGUAAUUUACGUAGAAUUGUCAGAAAGGUAACAAGUGUACCGAUACCUGUAAACGACAGUGCGGCUCGAAUAGAAUGGCCGGUUUGUUCGCAGCUGUUACGGCGUACACAACAGCAUCGGUGUUGUUCCGUGAAACGUAAACGGUUACUUCGGCCCGCGAGUAAUGUUCCGAAUGAAAAAUGCAGUUCGAGCACGGUGUUUCGGGCACAGAUUUAUGUACACGCGGUCGACGCAUUCGUUAUCCGGUAUCAAACGGUUCGCUUACUCGUUUCUUUCCUUUCCAACUUACUCCCUAGUCUUUUACAACAACCAUAGACGCUUACGGUUCAUCGCUAUUGUGAUAUCCCGUGAAAUUUACCAUCUAACGAAUCGAGCUCUGAACGUAAACAAAUCGUUUCGAGAUAGAAUAUCUCUAUUUCUUCUUCCUCGAAAGACAUAGAUUUCUGUUACUCUUCUUGAGGAGCUGAAACGUUUCACAGUUAUUAAUAAAGGUUAGAUGCUUGGAGAA